CAAAUCCCUCUCUCUGUGUGAAAAAAAUCUCUCCUUCUCUCUUUGUGCUUUUGAACCUUCUAGAAUGGCUUACUCAAGCGCUGCGAUUCUUGUGCUACUGGCUGCAAUGUUGGUUUGCUCCACUAUAGCACAAUCUCCGGCGUCUUCUCCGGCAUCCUCUCCCACAAAAUCUCCACCCGCCAAGUCUCCGUCCUCUCUGGCACCGUCUCCGGCCGCGAAUCCACCAGUUUCUGUGCCUUCUCCUCACUCGGCUGCUCCGACCGUCAACUCUCCGCCGUCACCUCCUCCAGCGUCCUCCGAUGCUCCGGCGAACCCUCCCUCAUCGAUCUCCUCUCCACCAGCUGAAGCUCCUGGUCCUGCCGCGAACGGUGCCGCUUCGAACCGCUUCGCAGUCGCUGGAUCUGUGGCUGUUGCAGCACUCGUUGGAGUUUUGGUUUUCUAGAUGAGCAUUUUACAGUCAGGCUUAUGGAUUCUUAAGUAUUUCUUUAUGUAAUUAAUUUUAUUCAUUUCGGCUAUUGAUUUUAUGUUAUAUUAUAUUUGAGUUUACUGGUUA